AUGACGGAUUCCAAUAAAACAGAUAACGUUCUUCCUGUUCCUGAAAAUCAAAGCACCUCGGGUACCUCUAGCAGCGGCCUUUACUAUGGCAUUACCAUUGAGGACAAACUUUUCAUGCUCAAUCGAACUCCAUACCUGAAGUAUUUCCAAGAGCUCCAGAAUAACCAACUCGUUACGCCAGAUCUUUGGAGAGCGUACACAUGGCUAAUGCACGAUACAUUCUCCGUAAACAAUCGUGACUGUGCUGUGGAGACUAUUGCACGUCUCCUUUGGCCUCCAGGGGCAUGGCGUAAAACUAAGGACCAGUUGUUCAUAUACCUGGACACGCCAAAUGGGGCCGACAUCAACCAGCGUGCGCUCAUCAGAGUGAACUGCCCGGCAAAGAGCCCGGUCGCAACAGUGACACUGUUCGGACAACAUGGCCAGCAAGACUUUGACCUCCGCGACUUCUCGCAGCUAUACAAGCUCUUCGAAGCGGUGAUAGACAGCGAGUUUACCUUGAUGCAGAAGCGAAUGCAGUGCCUUUCGGAUACUCUUUGUUUGAUGGGAAUGCCAAGUACGUACCACCAAGGCCAAUCGUCACUGUCCUUUGCUACAAUGUGGAUGUGCUUGUAUGUAGUGCUUCCUAUGGUCGAACAGAAUUGCAGGUGGUUGUAUGUGCAGAAAUGCCGUGCCCCACUUCGCACUCUUGUGCGCACAAUCAAGGAUCGAUCAGGAAGCUCUCGCAAGCCAUCAAACAGAUCGAGAAAGUGCACCACGCCGUUCAAGACGCCCUUCCAACCAAGUAAGCCCAGUAACCUGCGUUACGAGCUUCUUCAGCGCGAGGAGAUUCCCUUCCACUUCAUCACAUGGCCAAGGAUCGAAUCCAUCACAUCACCGAAAGGUCUCACAGAAAGUCUCGACUUGGGAGACUUCAUCACUGUAAACGACGAACCAGAUUCCGAUUACGAAGAAUGGCUCUUAUUCGUUUCGAUGAACUGGGCGGCUCUUCGCCUCAUAGACGAGCACAUGGCUCCCUUGGCCAAGGAGUUGAGUAGGCUCGGAGUCCUUCUUUCGCGCAGUCGUCGUGGAGCGGAUCCGCCUCUCGGUCCUACAUCAGGGCAGCUUACACAUGAGUGGGUUGGUGAAGACGAUAAGAUACACAUCAUCUGUCGCAGAAAUGUCUCGGAUAAAAUCAGGAUCUGGAUGAUAGAUGCGGGCCAAGGUCGAAAGAGCUGGGUUAUCCAAAUCGAGAAGUGUACAGAAAGCACUCGGCCGCCCCUUCCUGUUUUGCGCAAGAAGUGCACACCAUUGGUAUCGAAAUAUGUUCUGAUCGCACCCAAGAAACCCGGAUUGGCAAAAUAG